CAAAAUUAUUAUUAAGUUACAAUGAACUAAACGGGCUGCCACACUAAAAGAACGAGUGUUUUAAUCCUUUUUAAAACAUUUGUUCUCAAUGUAAAAAUGAUUUACCUCCUUUUUAAAAACAACAAUCAGCAUCUCACAAUCAAAUUGGACGAAGUAUACAACAGUGCACGUGUUAGGCAAAUUGGCAACCCCGAAAAUAACCUUAAAAUUUUAUAUAAAACAAUUUGAAAAUGGGAUUUUUAUCAAAAUGUUUAACUUUCACCAGCCAAGUUAUUCAGUCUUCUUGUGUUUUGUAUUUCACGUUUAAUUACAUCGGUGAAUUUGUAAUGUGUCAGGGGCCUUCGAUGGAACCAACAUUAUCGUCUGAUGAUAUAAUAUUAACUGAACACAUAAGUCCUGCCAUAAAUAAAGUUGAUCGUGGCGAUAUUAUUAUAGCUAUAUGUCCAACAAAUCCACAUCAACAUAUUUGUAAAAGAGUUGUUGCCGUUCAAGGAGAUAAAAUUCGACGAGGAUUAACCAGCCAUGUGGUUCCAAUAGGACAUGUUUGGCUAGAAGGUGACAAUAAAAAUAAUUCUCAAGAUAGUAGGAACUAUGGCCCAGUUCCAUUAGGAUUAAUUCAAAGUAGAGCGAUUUUAAAAAUUUAUCCGUUCUCGGAUAUAUCCAAAUUAACUGACUGAAGUAUUAGAUAAAACUCUCAAUGAAGCCUCUGUGCUCUUUUGGAUUAGAAUUUCAUGUUUUCAAUCAAUUUAUUAAUAUUUGAUACCAAAGAGAUGAUUGAUACAAUGAAAUUUAGUGAAAGAUAAUAUGUACAGUAUAAAGUUUUAUGUGUUGUUAUUAAUAAAAUUGUUUUAAUUAUUA